AUGUAUACAUCCAUCCUCACCACCCUUCUCAUAACCGGCACCACCCUCGCCGCAAGUCUGCCCCCGAGCCCAGGUCAUCCUCUCAUCCCCUCAGAAUACGUACCAGAAUCUGUACAUCCAGCUGCAAAGCGACAGGGCCUCCCCCUCGGUGAUGUUCUAGGUGGAGGCGAUGUUCUGGGCGGAGGCGGUCCUCUGGGCGGCCUAGGAGACUUAUUAGGCGCUGGAGGCGACGCUGAGAGCUCUUCCGCUGCGCCCGCCCCGGCUCCGACUCCUGUUCCCAGAGCAUCAGAUAUCGUCAUGACGACUACGAUGAUCACCGUAACAGCGACCUUGUCUACGCCGUUGCCAGAAGCGCCAUCAGCUUCCGUGUCUCCUGUGCCUGAAGAUCUGGCCGGCGUCUACGUCUGCGACGACAUCAACUGGAACGGCGCAUGUUCGCACCACUUCACCAAGCCAGGAGGUUCAGACAUUGACUGCGCACAAUUGUCUGGUAGGGAAUCAUCGAUUGGACCGGAUCCAGGCUUCCUAUGCGAGUUCUUCACCAACAACUCUUGCCACAAGACUCCUGGCGUUGAAUCCGAUUUCCUCAGCUUGAGCUGGCCCGGUAAUGCGGAUCUGAGGAGUACGGACAAGGGUGAUUUGAAUGACAAGUUCUUGAGCUAUGUUUGCUUCAAGGUGUUGUAG